UGAAAGGGGAAGAAGAGGUCUUGGCCCAGCUAUUGGUUUUAUAGAGAGAAGAAGAAAUAUGGCUUCUUUAAAUAUGGAAGACUUAUGCUCUUACAUCAAUACAAGGAUUUCAACGAUCAAGAAAACUCUUCAGUUAAGAAACAUAGAUCAGGAGCCAUCCUUGAAAUCUGUGCUAUGUAAAAUCGGACAUGAGAUGUCUCUUUUAAAUGAACUCCUGAAUAGAAUGGAAAUAGAAGUUCAGCAUCAAGAAAAACUGAAAAAUACACUUAAGGAGAUCCAGGAGUCUGCUGAGAGGGACUAUAAUGAAGUGCUGCACCUGUGUGAAAAUAUGCCUCCUCACCUACCCAAAACAAACCAAAGCUGUACCACGGGACUAUCUGGAAAGUCUGAAGAACAGAGCAACAGCACAGAACCUGAACGUGCAAAGAAAUCUGUAAAAGAGCCAAAAUUUAUUAAAGAAGUGCCCAUAAUAACAGCAGAAGAAUUUGAAAACGUUCCUGCGUAUAUGCGAGGUCGUCUAACAUAUGAUCAAAUAAAUGGAGUUAUUGAAGAUAUGAACAGGGCUGUGAUAAGCAAGUAUAAGAUCCUACAUCAGCCAGUAAAAUCAAUGAACUCUGCGGCCAGAAGUCUAUACAACAGAUUUUUAGAAGAAGAAACAAAAGAUACUAAAGGUGAGUUUUUUAUUGUGGAAGCUGAUAUCAAAGAAUUCACUCAACUGAAGGUGGACAAGCGCUUUUAUAGCAUCCUGAACAUCCUGCGCCACUGCCAGAGAGUGCGAGAAGUCCGUGGCUCACGGCUUGUCCGUUAUGUUAUCUGCUAAUAGGUCUUUGGACUUGAUUUUGCCUGUAAUGUGGAGGACGUGCAUGUUUUGCCAGGCCUAAGUAUUUUGUUGCUUGCAGAAAGACUCUGCCUAUGGAAAUUCCGAUUUGAGCUCAUUUAUUUUCUAAAUGACAAAAUAAAAAACCUAGUUCAUUUGUCAGGCUUCCACUCGGAAUUAUUACCAUAAUUUUGCUUUCAUAUGCAUUCAUUCUUCAGGCUUAAAAACAUAUGAGUGGCUUGACGUAUGUAAAA